AUGUCUAUUUUUCAAGCAAAAACUCCUCAAGGACCAUUAGCACACUACAAAAUCUUGUCCAAGACUGCUGGAGUCCGUGUCAGUCCUCUAUGCUUGGGUGCUAUGAAUUUUGGAGAAAGCUGGAGCUCAUGGUUGGGUGAAUGCUCCAAGGACGAAGCCUUCAAGAUCAUGGAUACAUUCUAUGAAGCUGGAGGCAAUUUCAUCGAUACUGCCAACAAUUAUCAAGGUGGUGAAUCGGAACAGUGGGUCGGCGAAUGGAUGAAGGCUCGUGGAAACCGUGAUGAGAUCGUCAUUGCUACAAAGUUCACUUCUCUGUAUCCCAAAAGCAUCCCCAAAAUCGCCGUCAAUUCUACUGGAAAUGCCUCAAAGAGUCUCCACUUGUCUGUUCGUGACUCUUUGGCAAAGCUGCAAACUGAUUACAUUGAUAUUCUUUACGUGCAUUGGUGGGACUAUACUACCAACAUCCAUGAACUCAUGCAAGCACUCAACCACUUGGUCACAUCUGGAAAAGUCUUGUAUUUGGGCGUAUCUGAUACACCUGCAUGGGUCGUCUCUGCCGCCAAUACAUAUGCUCGUGAAAACGGUCUGGCUCCAUUCGUCAUCUACCAAGGCAAAUGGAAUCUCGCUGAACGAGAAUUUGAACGUGAUAUCCUCCCUAUGGCUAAAGCGUUUGGAAUGGCUUUGGCUCCAUGGUCCGUCAUGAUGGCAGGAGCAUCAAAAACCGAAACCCAAACCGAUGCUGGAAAAGGUCGUACCCCAUUCCGACCCGACACUGAAAUGCGAAAGAAAAUCCGUGACCAGGUUCUUGCUGCUGUAGACAAGGUUGCCAAGGAACUUGGUGCAACUCGUCAGCAAAUAUGUAUCGCAUAUGUGAUCAAGAAGGAAACCCAGACCUUCCCAAUCUUGGGUGGUCGCAAGGCAACUCACCUGGCUGACAACAUCAAGGCGUUGGAGCUCGUCUCCAAGUUGACUGAUGCUCAAGUUGGAGCGAUGGAAGCUGCUUCCGAAUUUGAUAUUGGGUUCCCACAUGACUUUGUUGGAUCUGGCAAAUUGGAAGACAACUUCUUGUUGAAAUUGGCUGGCAUGGUCGUACAGCCAGACACCAUUCCUCAAGUCUAG